CUUUAGAAUUAAGAGUUACAAACUUGGAUUUCACACCCACAACUCUAAAUUGUGUGUUUUUUUUUACUUAUUUAAGGCCGAUGUUAGGUCUGAGGUUACCAGUCAAGGUUAUGGUUAGGAUUAACGAAAGGUAUAAAAUAAAAUGUUAUGAAGACAAACAGGAAUAGGCGGAGUUUUUUUUAUUUUAUCGACCACUACCAAUAUGUUUAGGUGUUUUUUGGGAAUAGUAGUUUCUACCUCCCAUUGAUUCGCUUUGAAAACAUGGAUUACACCAGAAAGGACUACAUAUUCCAAAACACCUUUUGUACGGAGCCGGCGUAGUGUUUUCAAAAUACCUAGCUGCACUGUAAUUAUGAGGAUGAGGAAACUUUGGACCAAAGCAGGUGUUCUGGGCUCGGUGUCCAUGGCGUUUGGAUCCAUUCUAUGGUCUCAAAGGAAGACCCAGCCAAAUCAGGCGGACUCUGGUUCAGCUCCCGCCAGCGUGAAAACACCUCCAAGUUUUGAACUCAAACUUGUGCAAGUACUAUUUAGACAUGGAGCCCGAACUCCGCUAAAAUCCAUACCGGACGUCAUGGAGGCCCAGUGGGUGCCUAAUCUCCUUGAACCCCCAGCCUGCACGCAGAUAAACUAUGUGGUGACAGACUUGGAAGGAGGUCCGCGGCCCUCCUCACCAGUGGAGGACAGUUACAGAGCCAACAUACUGUCCGGGGGUACAUAUCCGGGUCAGCUGACCACAGUGGGCAUGCAGCAGCUGUACGAGCUGGGCGAGAGGCUGAGGAAGAGGUACAUCCAGGACAUGGCCUUCCUCAACCCCACCUUCAGCCCAGCAGAGGUCUAUGUGCGUUCGACUAACAUCGUGAGGACCAUAGAGUCUGCCAAGUGCCUGGUGGCAGGGCUGUUCCAGCAAAGCCAGAAAGACAUAGUUCCCAUUGUGACGACCGAGGCAGAGUCAGAGAUCCUGUACCCCAACUACUAUGGGUGCAGGCUCCUCAAACUCCUCAGUGGCCAUCGCUGGACAGAGUCGUCCACUCUGCCGGACAUUGCUGCUGACCUGAAGGGCAUUCAGAGUGCUUUGGGCAUUGCAUCCCAUCAACGUGUGGACUUCAUCCUCAUCAGGGAUGACAUGGUGGCCAGGAAGGCCCAUGGUCUACCCUGCCCGCCCAUCCUGGACUCCUGGAGGAACACAGUGGAGCAGAGAGCUGUGGAGAUGAUUUGCCACAUCUAUGAACCCAGCAAGAGGGAGAACCUGCAGCUAUGUGUGGGCCCCCUUCUCCACACCCUAAUGGGAAACAUAGAAAACAAACUCCAGGGCUCAGAGCCCAGCAGGAAGCUGUUUCUGUACUCUGCCCACGACACAACUCUGAUGCCCUGUCUCAUGGCGCUGGGGAUUUUUGACAUGCGCUGGCCACCGUACGCUGCUGACAUCACCAUGGAGCUGUACCAACACGUGCAGACUAAAGAGGCCUUUGUCAAAGUGUCCUAUAUUGGCCAGGACCAGUUGAUUACAGGCUGUAGUGGAGUCUACUGCCCCCUGCAGGAGUUCAAGCAAACCCUUUCCAACUACUCACUGACCUCUGAACUCUACGAGUCACUUUGCAACCGCACAGAGGGUUUGGCUGACCCCUGAGACCUCCGUCGCACCUCCUUUAGUCUAGUCAUUUAGCAGACAUUCUUAAGCCGAGCAUUUUACAGGAUUGAGUGCACAGCUUUUAUGCAUCCCUUGUGGGAGUCGAACCCACCACCCAGAGGAUGCUCCCAACAUGUUCCACCAACUGAGCUAGAUGCAGAGAAUGUAUUUUGUUACCCAUCAGUUAGAUUAAAUGAACCAGAAACAGGACCCUUUGGAUUAUUCGAAAUGAGUAAGGUCAUCUAAAACUGGUUUCUUUCAGAUAACUUUCCCUUUUCUCACCCAGACAGUUGAAAACAUUUCUAAAGAUGCAGGAAACAUGCCGUUAGCAUGAAGUUAUUUCCCAGUUGUCGACGUGGUAUGAUAGUGAAGAUAAUCCCCAUGGUCAAUAUUCUGUGUGACAUUAGAGGGCUUCAGCCCAGGAUCCCACCCAAACGGUGGACAGAUUCUUUUUAAUCCUGCUAAUGUCUAUGCAAAGUAAUUUCAGAUAUUUUGUGCAUCCUAAACCGUUUACUGUCGUUUUAAAGGAUCUUGGGAUUUACAGUUGUGCAGUUUUUGCUAUUUGAUAUUUUAGUGUCAAAAUGGUUUCAAAUUGUUCUCAAUCCCCCGAUCAACAUUAUCUUAUAGGUUAUAUAUUGUGUAUAUCUAUUCUGUAUUUAUUAGGGAUACAGAGAACAACCCCAAAACGCAUUAUCGUCACCACUCAACUGCAUUGCACUUAGAAAUGGCUUUAGCUACCGUCUCGAUCUUUAAAUGCCCUCAACAGUCCCUCAGUGGACGAUUCAGCGGUAUAUGAUCAUGUCUCAGAGCCUAACAGAAGUCUUGAUGGUGCGUUAAAUGACAGCAAUGCAGACAAAGCAGUAUCAGUGCUUCCAAAUGUAAUCUGUAAUCCCCGUUUAAAUUUUAUUCAUGUGGGCUGAUGACAUAAUUAAUGGGGAUUAAGUAAUAUUAAUAAAAAAACAAACAAACCCGUGUCACUGGGGACAUCUUCAACUUUGACCCUGGCUCUGCCGUACUGUUACUUGACACCAUGGGAGCAUUCCACACAUUUUAUUCCAGUCAAGUUCCAGUCCUCUCUGACCUUCUCCAUUGGGUUUUGAGGAGAGGAACUUGAAGGGUCAAGGAAAUGCAAGAGGUUUUCCCCAUGUUUACUUCCUCAGCUACCCAAUCUCCCUGCUCUUGCCAAACGCUUCUCCACAAGGAUUCUGGUUCUGAACACUUUACCGAUUAAAAAUAACUAAACCAUCCGAUUGGCUGCAGGAGCUGAUGGGUUGUGUGUGUGAAUGGUCCAGGGAUGUGUAGCUGGAAUACACACAGCUGACUUUCAUUCACAAAGUGUUCCUGCAGAGAAUAUUGAAUCAUCGGCUUAGACAAGGACGCAGUCUUUAAAAGGUGAUUGUGUACGAGAGAGACCCUAGUUUCAUUAGCACUGAAACCUACUUACUGUCAACUAGUGCAACACGAACACAGUACGUAGGGAUACCUCACUGUUUUAAUACAGUGGUAGCCUCACUAUCAAAAUGCAUAACCGGGUUUGAGACAAAACCCUGCUGACAAAGAGGCAGGAGGGCAAUAAGCAUUGUAUUUCUACAAUCACUGGUUAAGACUGAGCCUUUUAAUAUCCUGAUGUCUUAACUAUUGAACUAUUGGUGGUUAAGGCCUAAUAAGAAUGUGUAUUAAGUUUACUUUCUGCCAGUGAUAUGUACAUGGGAACAUGCAUUUGUCUGAAGAAAUUAGGCUUUUACGGAGUAAAGUUCUGCUUUUUUCCCCCGAGUGUGCCGAAAUGCUUCAUAUCAAGUUGCAAUAUCCUCCUCAGGGGAAACCGUGCACUUCAUGUACAUAGUGUUCAUAAACCAAGGAUACAAUUUUGUGCGUGUGUGUGUUCCUAUACUUGUGAGGUCCAGAUGUGCUCAGAAGUAUAGUAACCCAUGUAAAAUAACUACUGAGGACAUUUUGCUGGUCUACACUUAUAUAGCUUUUUUUAAGCUUUAAGCUUAAGUUCAGGGUUAUAGUGAGUUUUUAGGGGUUAACAGUAGAAAGGAUGGAAUUUCAUUAAUGGAAAUCAAUUGUGAUCCCAAAAACAUUUUCACAAGUAUAGUGAAACAAGCGAAGUGUGUGUAUGUUAACCCACUCUCAAUCAUUUAAAGCAUGUAAAAAGGGAAAUCUUCUGCUAAAGGUAUGUUGAAAAGUUGGUGCCUUCUUUUAGAAAUGUUGAUUAUAUUGUGUGUAUACAGUAAAUUAUAUGCAUGGACUCAGGAGCAAAUAUACACAUCCAUAUUGGAGUGAUUUCAUUUGUUUGUUGUAUGCUUCAUCAUGGGAGUUGUCCUAUUAUUAAUUCAGACUUUGCUUUGGAGUGGUCAAGAGUAAUAAAGAGUUGGUAAAGGCU